UCCCUCACACCUUAUUCACAUGUACUUUACUCUUAACAGUUACAUGAUUAUCUCCAGAUGCUCCUUAGCUUUAGUGUGGCACUAAACUCACCGUGUUGCUGCCAGAUGUGGGAGAUUUAGUCGUGUUUUCCAGCUGCUGUAGAAGUUGAGUUGUGAGAAGGAGAAUAAACGGAGGAGGAGGAGAAACGGCUUCUUUCAUUUCUGCUUUUAGACACUUUGAGCUCUUUUACAGCAGAGAGACUGAAGUCAUGGAGACUGUGCGUAAGAACAAGCCUUUUCUCAUCAACACUCUGUCCACCGACGCCAGCACCGUUUUACAGCACGUCCAGAGCGAUGACGUCAUCCUCCAGCGCGACUACGACGAUCUUAAACAGCCCAACCACACCGGCAGAACCAUCAUCACUAAUCUUCUGGAUAUUCUGAUGAGGAGAGGUGAUGAGACGUGCCGUAAAUUUCUGAAGGUGUUGGAGAAAAAAGAGCUUCAGGACAAUUUCCCUCAGCUGAAGGAUCUCUUCACACCUGAACAACCAUCACAUGAAAGAAAAGAUCCAGCCAAAGCCACUGGGGAGGUGAAUAUAACACCCAGGAUUACUUCACGUCCUGUUGAUGAAUAUCAAAUGUCCAGUGUCCCUCGUGGUGACUGUCUGAUCAUCAACAAUAUGGACUUUGGUGGCGAAGAUGACCGACAGGGGUCUGAGAAGGAUGAAGAGUCUCUUGAAAAAGUGUUUAAAUGGCUGGGUUUCACUGUGGAGGUGAAGAGGAACAGAACCGCAGAACAGAUGAAGGCCAUCCUGAGAACAUACAGCCAAAAACAGCAUGGAGGCGACUGUUUCAUCUGCUGCAUCCUCAGCCAUGGCACCACUAAGGGGGUGUGCGGGACGGAUCAAAACAUCGUCCAAGGAGACGAGAUCUAUAACCUGUUUAAUGGAACCUCCUGCCCGAGUCUAAUCAGUAAGCCCAAAGUGUUCUUCAUCCAGGCCUGUCGUGGAAAACAACACCAUCCAGGAGUCCAGGCUGAUGGCCACAAGGAAGAGGAAGUAGGAGAGGAAGAAGAAGAAGAUCUAAAAACAGAUGCUGUGCAGAUGAUCAUCCCAGAUAAGGCAGAUUUCCUUGUGGCCAGGUCGACUGUUAAAGGGUACUACUCAUUUAGGAACACACGUGAUGGUUCCUGGUUCAUCCAGUCUUUGUGUGAGCAGCUGGAGAGGGGCUGUCCAAUGGGUGAAGACGUCUGCUCCAUCCUUGUCAGGGUCAACGGGGACGUCAGUACCAAGAUUGGUAAACCCAAACAGAUGCCUGAGCAAAAAGUCACCCUGAGGAAGAAGCUGGUGUUCCGAGUGCCACAGUAGAAGCUGUCUGUAACCAUCACCGCUCUGCAGAACCCAACAACACCAUCACUGUUGUGUAGAUGGUUAUAAAUGAGGCUUAGUAAUCAGUCUUUUAGUAAAGUUGUGUGUAAUUUUUUUACAAUUCAAAGAACAAGAAGAAAAGAAGAGCUGCUGGAUUAAUAAAAGAUUCAGAAACA